AUGGAGUAUGAUCAAUAUCUAAGCAGUCUCAUGAUACUUGAUGAACAAAACCUCCUUGAUUUCACUCCAUUUAUCAGUGAAACUAAUACUUCCAAUGAGGAGUUUCCCAUCAUCCCAUCCUUGGAUUCAUCUUUUCCAGUUCAACAAAGUUUGGAAGACAUAGAAUUUGAGUCAUUAACAAUAUGGGAUGACAUGAAGAUGAUAACUUCAUGCUGUGAAGAUGUGGUUGUUAGCCAACCAUUAAUAAUGCCAUUAAACAUGGCAUCCAAUGAUAUCAAUAUUGCUUGUGUUAGAGAUGAAGAGAAGAUGAUCAAUGAGAGUAUUACUUUGAUUGGAUCUCGUACUUCAAAGAUAAGAGAGAUUGAGUAUGAUGAGCUUAAGAAAUAUUUCUACAUGCCGAUUGCGAGUGCGGCGAAGGCGAUGAAUGUUGGACUAACUGUUUUGAAGAAGAGAUGCAGAGAGCUUGGCAUAACAAGGUGGCCUCAUAGGAAGAUGAAGAGCUUGAAUUCACUCAUUCAUAAUGUUAAGGAGUUUGGGAAGGAUGAAGGAGAGGAAAUUUUAAGAAGAGAAUUGAAUACAUUGGAGGAAGAAAGGAGAUUAAUGGAGGAGAAUCCAGAGAUGGAGUUGAAUGAAAGAACCAAGAGACUUAGACAGGCUUGUUUUAAGGCUAAUUAUAAGAAAAGGAAGGCCAUGCAAUUGCCUUGUAGCUAUCGUUCAGAUAUAUUUCUAUUGAAUUAG